AUGGUCAGAUACGCUGCUACCCCAGCCAACCCUGCUAAGGCUGCCAAGUCUAGAGGUUCUUAUCUCCGUGUUCACUUCAAGAACACACACGAAGUUGCUGCUGCUGUUCAAGGUUUAAAGUUGAGCAAGGCUUAUGCUUAUCUCAACAACGUUACCGAACACAAGCAAGUCAUCCCCUUCCGUAAAUUCAACGGUGGUGUUGGUCGUGCUUCUCAAGCCAAGGAAUUCAAGGCCACUCAAGGUCGCUGGCCCGUCAAGUCCGUCAAGUUCGUCACUGACCUCUUGAAGAACGCUGAAAGCAACGCCGAAGCUAAGGGUUUGAACGUUGAAGACCUCCACAUCUCCAGCAUUGUUGUCAACCAAGCUCCCAAACACCGUCGUCGUACUUAUCGUGCUCACGGUAGAAUCAACCCCUUUAUGUCUUCUCCUUGUCAUAUUGAAGUCAUUCUCACUGAAAAGGAUGAAGUUGUUGCCCGUGCUGCUGAUAAGAAGGUUGUCAAGCUCAAUGCUCGUCAAUUGGCCCGUAACGCUCGUCUU